AUGUCGGAUAAAGCAAGCUGCUCUGGGGCGUUGGAUGUUAGAGCCCUCAAUUUUGUGGAUGAUAAUGCCAAAGAUGGAGAAAAGCAACAAGAAAUGGUUCAUGAGAAGGCUAUGAUAUUUAGAAUUGAGAAGGAGGUGUUUGGUUUGGAUCGUCAAACCUUUGUCUUGAUUGAAGAUAUUACACAGUUUGCAGCCAUGGAUGAAAUUGGGGCUACUAUGGUUGCUGUAUACAUGAGGUGCCUAUUUGAUGUUUUGAAAAUAGCAAAUAUGGUGAACGUGGUUGGCUUUGUUGACCCCGCUCAAGUUAGUGCUAACUCUGGAUCAUUAACUCAAAGAUCACGUUUAUUAGCCAAUCAACUUCAAAAGACAGAUGGGGAACAAAUUUUCUUUAUGCCUUACAAUCCAGGCCGUCAUUGGGUCUUGGUCAUUGUGAGACCAAAGAGGGAGACUGUGUAUUUUCUGGAUCCACUACCCGGAAAUCGAGUGGUUGAUGACGAGUGCAAAAACAUAGUGAACACUGCUAUCAAGAUGUAUAAUUCACACAUAGGCAAACAAGGCCGUAAAGCACCUAUUUGGAAAACUCUACAAGGCACACCAAAGCAGCCCAUCAGUGUAGAGUGUGGCUAUUAUGUCAUGCACUUUAUGAGCUAUAGGCAGAUCCUUCUUUGGAGUUUGAGAAGAAGUUUGAAAAUGGCAAAGAUCAAGCACCAUACCCCCAAGAAGCCAUUGAAGAAGUGA